AUGUCGGAUGCCUACCUUCGAGAAGUCUUCAACUAUGCUCAGCGCAAUCACGUCGGUUUGAAUUUAAUUAUCUGAAUCUCAAUUUACUUUUGCAGAGCCUCAAACAAACUGUGUCCGGAAUCGCCUAUCAGACAGGUUAUGCUGCCGCCGGAGCAGGAGCUGGAGGACUUUUAGCUGGACCUCUUGGAGCAAUGUUCGGGACAUUGGCUGGAGCCGUUUAUGGAUACGCUGUGUCGGACAAUUACGCGGUAGAUAAAAUGACGGAGAAAACUAUUCGAAUCCUGGUUUCAGAGUGCUUUCGGAAUCCUCGGCACUCUGGGCGACGAGGAGAAGGACUCGCUCGCUGGUGGCAUCAAGAGCAUCGUCGGAGGACUCACAUUCAACGAAUUCGUCAAGUGGUUUCAGGAUCUUGACCAUCAGACCAUGUUCAUGCAGCUUCUCAUGACUUACAUGGCUGGCAGUCGCAACAAAUCCACUCGUCGCUGA